AUGGAGGUGUGGAACAGUGGUGAAGAGGAGGGACUGACUGAACUGGAGGGCUCCUCAGACACCAUGACAGCCCUGACCACCUCCAAUCACCUCCUCCUCCAUCACAGAGCUAUUAACGACUCCAACUACACCACCACCAACAACAUCACCUACUUCCCUUACUACCAGCACUCCCUCCCUGUGGCUGCUAGCUUCAUCCUGGCCUACCUGUUCAUCUUCCUGCUGUGCAUGGUGGGUAAUGUACUGGUGUGUCUGAUUGUGCUGGGGAACCGUCGCAUGAGAACCGUCACCAACCUCUUCAUCCUCAACCUGGCAGUCAGCGAUCUGCUGGUGGGCAUCUUCUGCAUCCCCACUACUCUUGUGGACAACCUCAUCACAGGCUGGCCGUUUACCAACUCUGUGUGUAAAAUGAGUGGUCUGGUGCAGGGGAUGUCUGUAGCUGCCUCAGUCUUCACCCUGGUGGCCAUUGCAGUAGACAGGUUCCGCUGCAUUGUGUUCCCUUUUCAACCCAAACUCACCCUAAUAGUUGCCAAGGUGACCAUAGCGAUGAUCUGGGUCCUGGCUGUGGUAAUCAUGUGCCCCUCAGCAGCUGCCCUGACCGUGGUGGAAGUGGCCGAUCACUACAUGGUGUAUAACCAGGACUACAACAAGACAUACCCCCUGUACUCCUGCUACGAGAACUUUGCCGACCCGAAGAUGCGGAAGGUCUACACCACAGUGCUGUUCGCCCACAUCUACUUGGUGCCCCUGGCUCUCAUCACUGUCAUGUACGGACGCAUCGGCGUGAAGCUCUACACCUCCGUGGUGUCAAGAAGAGAGCCUCAGGAUGCAGCACAUCCUCCUCCUCAAGCCAGGCAUGAGGGGGGCAGGCAUCUGAUCUCACAGAAGAAGAUCAAGGUGAUCAAGAUGCUGAUCGUAGUAGCCCUGCUGUUCAUGCUGUCCUGGCUGCCCCUGUGGACUCUGAUGCUGCUGACAGACUACGCAGGGCUGGACGAGGAGCAGCUGGAGCUCCUGACUGGAUACAUCUUCCCCUUCGCCCACUGGCUGGCUUUCUCCAACUCCUCUGUCAACCCCAUCAUCUACGGAUACUUCAAUGAGAACUUCAAGAGGGGCUUCCAGGCAGUCUACCAGACCAACUCCUGCUGCCGCCCGGGAAAUAGGGUUGAGGUAGCAGGGAGGGGAAACCGGGAAGGCAGAGCAGGGGGUGGGGGUAAUGGUGGAGAGGGUGGAGGCGGCCUGAGGGAGCCUACAAGCAACCCCAAUCCUCUCCCAUUUGGGACUCGAAACAAAGUGUAUACUGACGGUAAUGUGAUGCACUCUGUCCAUCUUGAGCUGGAGUUGAAGAAAAAUUCUAAGGUGGGAAGCAACACGGUCCAUGUUGAGGUUGGGGGGACUGGGGCAGGCGGAGGAAUAGGGAAUGGAAAUGGGAUGAACAAAAAGGGGCUACAGGUUGACGAGCAGACCAGCCCAAUGGGAGUUUGUCAGGCCUGGGAUCAUUAG